AAUCCAUGUUGCUAUUGCAUUGCAUGCAUUAAUACUUGGACCAAUUAAGAUGCUUAUUAAUUAAUGUCUCUCUCCUUCAUCUCAUCAUACUAUAAAUAUGUUGUGCACUAGGCCAAGGUAAUAAACCAAACCAAACCAAAACUAAGAUCAAAGUAUAUUUACAUUAUAUUUUUUGAUCAUCAAUAUUAGUCAUAAUAACAAAAUGGCUCCCUCCAAAUCUCAGUACCAUAUUCGCUCUAACAGCUUUCCCACAAGACCACACCCUCUUUUCCAGCAAUGCGACGAGCAUUUGUGCCGGUUAGGAGCUUCCGAUGCAACCUCUUCCUCUUCAGUAAGCCUGAAACUAAGUGGUCUUGAGGACUUGCAUGAUUCAGUUGAGAAGCUAUUCCAACUACCUCUAACUCAACAAGCCUUUGUCCAAGGCCGUCAAGAGAAAUGGGUAGACGAAUUGGUCGACGGUACUCUGAGGGUCUUGGACAUGUGCAGCGCAGCCAAAGAUGCUGUGCUGCACACCAAAGAAUGCGCACGAGAAGUUCAAUCUAUCGUGCGCAGAAGACGAGGUGCUGAAGUACUUGGCCUUGUUGGCGAGGUCAAGAAAUACAUGGCCUCAAGGAAAGUUGUGAAAAAGGCAAUCCGUAAGGCGUUGGACAACAUGAAGGCUGGUGCUAAUUAUAAAUCUUCAUCUUCCAACAAAGAAAGCAGUGCUGAAACCAUGGCCUUAAUUAGUGUUUUGAAAGAAGUUGAAGCAGUGACUCUUUCAAUUUUUGAGUCCUUGUUGUGCUUUGUUUCUGGACCAAAGUCACAAACCAUGAUGAGUGGUUGGUCUUUGGUUUCCAAGCUUGUGUACAAGAAAAAAGUGAGUUGUGAUCAGGAUGAUGAUCAAGCCGAUGCGAACGAAUUCGCAAAGGCUGAUGAAGCGUUGCAGUGCCUCAUGUACCAUGAGACUGCCAAGUUUGACAACACUACUCACAUUGAGAAUGUUCAGAACGAACUGCACAGUCUCGAGUCAUGUGUUCAAGAUUUUGAAGAGAGAUUAGAGAGGUUGUUUAGGCGUUUAAUCAAAACUAGAGUUUCCCUUCUCAACAUCCUUAACUAUUAGCUAGAUAUAUCAGAAAAUCAUGUUAUCCACUAUGGGACUUCAAAAUUUUAGUGUCCCGGAUAUAUUUAUCUAUUUUUAUGCUAUUAUAUAUAUUUGUACAUGAUUGCAUAUGUAUAUCUACAUCAAAUUAAUGCAGUAAAUUUAUCUAAA